AUGUCGAGGCUGAAACCUUUGAGUGCGAGUACGGGCAGUGCAACGAGUGUAGGUACGACCUCUGCAAACACCAGUCUUGUGUCAUUCUCCGGAUCCUCACAAUAUCCUGGGGAAGAGAACGAAUCGUUUCACGUUAGAUCUACAUAUGCUCGCCUGGACGCAGAGGGCGUUCAUGGAGAUGGCUGGGAUCCAGGUGUGGAACGCACCAGAGGCGGGCCAAACGCUGCGAAGCGGGUGACGAUCGAUAUGCCUGUGAGAGGCGGCAAUUUUGGACAAAGCGAGAGGCAAUUUCUUAGCAGUCUUGACAGAUAUGGCUUCAUGGACGAGCCUUUACGCAAUCGAUCUGAAUCUCGUAUAGCUCUCAUCCCAGCUGCUCCACUCCGAAAGAUUCCAAAACUUCCCUCAAAGUCGUCCAUACCUCCAGGCACAAAGGUUCAACCUCCCCCUCCUUCGUUCGGACCUUCGACCGACGAUGCUCCAGGUCCAAGGCCCCCGCCGAGCCCACGCCCAGAGAACGAAGAAGGCCAGCGAUUCCGAAGGAAAGAAGACGAACGUGUUGGGAAAUGGAUGCAGAUGAUGAGGGUCUCGAAGAGAGAUCAAGGUGGCAAUAUUCAAACUUGGGAGUGGAGGAAGGAUGGUCAGGGGUCCAAGUUACCUGGACGAGUGUACAAGGGCAUCCCGGAUCGAUGGCGUAUGGCCGCUUGGUGGACCUUAGUAGAGGACAACACACGGAAAUGGAAAGGCAAGGGGAGGGCAACAGUCCCCUCAGAAGUCUUAGCUGACGAGUAUCGACACAACAUUGACCUGCCCUCUAUCCACGACGUCCAGAUCGAUCUUGAUGUUCCGCGCACGAUCUCCGGGCACACACUCUUCGUCACUCGCUAUGGGUCUGGUCAGAGAUCUCUCUUUCACGUCCUACAUUCCUUUUCGCUACUCUGUGACACCUGUGGCUAUUGUCAGGGUAUGGGUCCAAUAGCAGCGACAUUGUUGUGUUACUUUGAUCCCGAGCGCGUUUACGCCAUUCUCGUUCGCCUCCAUGACGUCUACGGGAUGCACUCGAUCUUUGCGCCUGGGUUCCCGGGUCUCCUUGAGUCGUUCUAUGUCCAGGAGAGAUUAAUGGAAUACCUCAUGCCUGAUGUCUACAAAUCCUUUCAACGCAACAUGAUCAGCUCAUCUGCCUGGGGUACAAAGUGGUACAUUACACUCUUCGUGAAUACAGUUCCAUUCUCCCAGCAGCUCCGUAUAUGGGACGCUUUAAUGAUGGAUGGGCGAGACGUCAUCGUCAUCGUGUCAAUCGCCAUCCUCUGGGCAUUCAAAGAUCUGCUCUCCGACACUCGGGCUACAUUCGAAUCCAUAUUGUCGUUGCUUAGCUCGUACUUUGUCGCGGAAGACGAAGACGCGUUUAUGAGGUGGAUACGAAAGAUCCUGCAUCAACCGGGAAUGAAAGCAAAGAUGGACGGGUGGCGAGCAGAGUGGACGAGGCUAGUGGCCGAAGGCAAGAGUCACGAUGCCUUGCUUUAA